AUGUCCUGCCAGCAGAACCAGCAGCAGUGCCAGCCCCCUCCCAAGUGCGCCCCCAAGUGCCCCACCCCUAAAUGCCCCCCAAAGUGUCCCCCGAAGUGCCCCCCAGUCUCCUCCUGCUGUGGCCCCAGCUCCGGGGGCUGCUGCAGCUCUGGGUGUGGGGGCUGCUGCAGCUCUGGGUGUGGGGGCUGCUGCCUGAGCCACCACAGGGGCCGCAGGUCCCACCACCGCCGCCGACCCCAGAGCUCUGAUUGCUGCAGCCAGCCUUCGGGGGGCUCUGGGUGCUGUGGAGGGGGGAGUGGUCAGUCCUCUGGAGGCGGCUGCUGCUGA